AUGAUGAAUGUUAAAGUGGCUUUCGCCUUGUUAGCUUUCGCUGUUGUAUGCGCACAGGCUAAACCCUCCCAUCCCUAUGGUUUCCAUGGAGUACCCGAUCAUUUGGAUUUAGUGCCACCAGUAUUACCACCAGCCCAUUUCCAUGCUGCCCCUGCAGAUCCUUGGUUCCCUCAACAUCACGCUAAAUUUUUACCACCAGCUCACUUCCAUGCUGGUCAUCUUUUGCCAGCCCCUGCACCUUUGCUACCAGCUCCAGCACCUCUACUACCAGCCCCAGCACCUUUGUUGCCUGCUCCAGCUCAAUUACUCCCAGCUCCAGCACAUUUCCACCCUGCUCCCACUCAAUUUCUCCCAGCUCCAGCACAUUUCCUCCCAGCUCCUGCUCCUUUACUGCCCGCUCCUGUGGUACAUACUCAUGCCCAUGUUGUUCCAGCUCCCGCUCCCAUCCUCCCUCCCGUGUACGAAGCUCUACCUUUCGUAGAACCCCUACCCAGCUAUCGCGCUAUUCCUGGACCAAAAACCACCACUCAUCAUGUGUCUGUGGGUUAUGCCUUCCCCCAACCACGUUUAGCUAAAUUACAUGCCGUAUCACAUGGCCAUGUCCAUGCUGUGCCCCAUGCUCAUCUCCAUGCUGCACCUUUAACAUUGGCUCAUCAUCAUCAUUCACUUUUCUAGAAAUUUCACCUUUUCCUGCAAAAGGAUUUCAUUAGAAUUUAUUCCGUAUUUUAGUGUGUGUAUUUAUUAUAAACAAAAAUCAAACCAAAAAAACGUACCUACUUUAAUUGCUAUACCAAAAAGUCUAUGUAAACUGUAUACCAAAGUUAUUAUUAUGUUAUUUAGUUUUUUAAUUUAUUUAACAGAUAAUAUCAUAAUAUUUUUUAAGAAAAUUAAAAAAUAAAAAUAUUUAAAAAA